AUGGAGCCUCAGAAAUCCUCGACAACAGAUGGCCACGCCGACCAGGAAGUUGUCGCGAAGGCAAAUGGCCAUGCCGACAAACCUCAUGAAGAAUACCAGUACCUCAACCUCAUCCGCGACAUCCUCAACAACGGAGAGCACCGUCCCGACCGCACAGGCACCGGAACGCUCGCCAUCCCCUUCCCGCCCCAACACAAAUACUCUCUAUCCAAGCCCGACGGAACGCUGAUUCUCCCCUUGCUAACGACCAAACGUGUCUUCCUCCGCGCCGUCAUCGCCGAGCUCCUCUGGUUCGUCGCGGCCGACACAAACGCCAAAACGCUGCAAGACCAGAACGUCAAAAUCUGGGACGGCAAUGCGUCGCGCGCAUACCUCGACUCCAUCGGCUUGACAGAGCGCGAGGAAGGCGACCUCGGGCCUGUGUAUGGCUUUCAGUGGCGCCACUUUGGCGCGCCGUACGAGACUUGCCAUUCGGACUACGCUGGUCAGGGCGUCGACCAGUUGGCAGAAGUCGUUCGCAAGCUCAAGGAGCAGCCCUAUGACCGCCGAAUCAUCUUGUCCGCGUGGAACCCGGCGGAUCUGAAGAAGAUGGCUUUGCCGCCAUGCCACAUGUUCGCGCAGUUCUACGUCUCAUUUCCCGCGUCUGCGCCGUUGCGAGCUGACGGCAGCAAGCGUGGCACGCUGCAUGCUUUGCUGUAUCAGCGGAGCUGUGAUAUGGGACUAGGCGUGCCUUUCAACAUCGCUUCCUACGCCUUGCUGACGCACAUGUUGGCACGGACUUGCGAUCUCAUUCCCGGCAGCUUGACGCAUACGAUGGGCGAUUCCCACGUUUAUCUGGACCAUCGCGAGGCGCUCGAGGUGCAGGCACAACGUACACCCCGCGAUUUCCCGACGCUGGAAAUUGAGAGAGAUGUUGGAUGCAGCAUCGAUGGGUGGAAAGUGGAGGAUUUCAAGGUGGUGGGCUACGAUCCGCACAAAGGGAUUGCCAUGAAGAUGAGCGUGUAG